AUGGCUGGGCCUCCUAGCCAGCCGCUCCCUGAAGGGUCUGCCAACAAGGCAGCUGCGGAGGAAAAAGAGAAGACGGGAAUGUCCGAGUGGUCUAUUCAGCAAGCCAUGAUGGACGACCUUGGCCUCGCGCGUUUGGAAGAGCUUCCCUUGGAAGAUGAUAAACAUGAUCGUGACCAUCGCCGCCACCACCCUGGAGGCGGCUUUGAGUUGCGUGACCGUAGACCCCGGGAUCGCGUUACACUAGAUCCAAGAUGGUCCAAUGCUAUAUCGUCUGGUACUUUCAAGGACGAGGAUGCUGCUGCUGUCGAAGGUCUCAGUGACCUGGGUGGUGGAAGACUGUACGACACCGCUCAGUCUCAGAAGCAACUCCUUAACAGGAAAGAAGCGGCCAAGAACCAAACCAAAUCGCUCCUGAGUCGCAGCAAUGAGAAGUUCACUCGCCAGCCUGCUAAUCAAGGCCAGCUGCCGAAUGAUACGAUUCAAUCCAAUAAGAGAAAGCGGGUGAGCGACCAGUAUAAUGGACCACGGGCCAGGCCCAACUUCCUUUCGGAGAUCAACAAGGCUAUGUCCCGGCCUGCGGUCUUGACUCCUCUGAGCAGACCCAAUCAGCGCACUGCCAAAUUCAACAACACACAGGUGGCAGCAAGCUCGAGGCCUGCCUUGGUGUCUGCGUCGGCCCCGGCCAUUCCGCCACCGGCCCCGGCCAUUCCCCUGCCGGGCCCCGUCAUUCCUGUUGGCGAGAACGCCUCACCAUCUGGUCUUGCUUUUGAGCUCGAAAACGUCAUAUUCAAGGCCACUAUUACGUUCCUGAGCAGAGAUAUCAACCCGGCAAUACCCGCGAUGGUUUUUCUUUCCGCCGCUCCUGCCCCAAUGUUGGGAUGGUUUAGAAUCGUGGCAUACAGUCAAGUGUAUCGCCAAUGGCCAAUCUCGGCUUGGCAGGACUAUACCUCGGGAGACACGUUGCAGCUCGGUGUCUUCUUCAUGGAUAGCACGAGCGUCUCCCAGGGUUAUGAGCUAUUCUUCAAAGAGAAGGAACAGAUGGUAGAGUUCUUGAACUCCGUGCAUUCUCUUCGGGAGUCUGAGAAGAAAGGCAUCGCGACUCUGAAAAGCCCAGGAGCUGCGGCACCGGUUGCUCAUCCGGGCCCGGUAGCGGCGCAAUCGCCUAAGCCUACGGAACACCUCAUGCUACUCGCUGCUCCUGAGGUCCAGCAGCCCAACAUCGCAGCAGGCUAUCCCAAUGUUCCUGCUGUUAACGAAGCCGCUGCCGCUGUCGCCGCUAGCACGAUGACCAAGCCCCCAAGCCCGCUUAUUAGUGCCGUCAAAAUAGAUCAUGCUUCCGAUGAGGAACAUGGCAAGACUCCGAUCGGUACCCUCAUAGACCUGGAAGCAGACGGGGCUGUCUCUGCCCCCAGUCAGGCGCCGUCGGAAGCCAUGGAAAUUCUAUCCACGCUUGAUCUGUAUGAUGACAGUAACGACGUGAGCAGCAGCACUUCAGAAGCUCAGCUAUUCCAAGAGCAGAUUGUCACCACUGCGCGCAAGAUUCUGGGCGUAUUCUUGCUUUCCAGCGUCGGCGGAGAGACCAUGGACGAGCUCUCCCAGACGGUAGAGGGGAUCAAAGCAGGGAUAAUGGAGUUCGUGGCUCAGUCCGCCAAGGAUCGUGAACUGAGUGUCCAGAAACAGCAGGCUCUGGAGAAAAUGGUCAACGACGUGUUCGAUUCGCUCGAGGUACAACGAUUGCCCGAAACCGAUUGCACAAACAACAAACAAGCACGCAUCCAAUACACCGUUGACGAGCUGCUUGCCUUGCAGCCAUCAGCCACAACCCCCCCGGCCCAUUUAACUAGCAUCCAGCUGCCAUUGAACAAUCCCUCAAAGAGUGACGCCUGCCCAGAUUCCGGACUCAAAACGUCCAGAUGGGCGUCCGCAGGAACAGAUUUCAAACAUGAGAGUUGUUUCACCGGGCCCGCGUACGAGAAGAAGUGGCCCAAACGGAGCGAGCUGUCCGAACUUGCGCGGCUCGAUCCCCAGAAACAAGUGACAGCUGGCACCGAGGACCUGAUCGAUUACUACUUUCCUCACCCAGAGGUUGGCAUCGAUCGGGGUGCGAAGUUGGCGGAUAACCCUGCUGUCGCCUCGGACAAAGGUCACGGCGCCGGUCAAUCUAUGCCAGAGCUGGAGGAUGUUGAAGCCUUGAGACAGAAGAUCUCCCGCCUGUCACUCGAACCAGACUCGUCUCAGGCGUCCAUUGAGGCGGUCACGAAAUCUUUACCGUCGAGCUCGGCAAAUCCGCAGGCCACGCCUGUCGUCCAGCCUGCCAUCCAGCCUGCGGUUCGUGGACUUGGUGCAUCGCGCCACAGCGCUGCACUCGUGCCGGCCAGCUCUGGGCAGUUCAAGUUCCACAUCCCCAAGUAA